AUGGAAGCUUUAACCCCCUGCUCUCAGUCCUUGGCACUAUCCAUCAGCCCCAGCCAUACCGCCCAAUGGAGGAAGCAAAUCUUCCGCCAGCUGUCGGAAAGGACCCACCGAGAAUUGGACAAUUUCAGACAUUACGAACAGGCGGUGGAACAAUCAGUCUGGGUCAAAACUGGAACUUUACAGUGGUGGAGAAGUUGGAAGCCUUACCGUUGGAUUGAUGUGCAGGUCGCUCUGGAACAAUUCACUGCGAACGACGGGACACGGGACAGCAUUCUCUUCAUCUACUACACGCACAACGAGGAAAAGAAGUACGUCCACAUGUUCCUCAAUGAAGUCACCAUCCUGGUUGAGAUUCUGAAUGAGGCCAAACAUUCCUUUGCUCUCUAUACGCCGGAGAGGACUAAGCAGCGGUGGCCCGUCCGUCUAGCUACGAGCACUGAGCAAGAAAUGCACGACUGGGUAUGUUUAGAGAGAUGUAGUUUAUCUCUGUGUGCCUGUUGAUAGCUAAUUCCAAAGCUUAAGUCACACUCUAGUAGGAUUGACCUACGGCCCCAAAACAGAAUGCAAAUUCUUCAUUUU